AUGGAGGGUGACGUCAAGCCCAGCUCCAGGGCCGCCCCGCCGUGGGAUGCAGGGCUGCCCCACACUUAUGUGCUCAGCAAGUUUCUUUACGAGCAGCAGCUUCCUCUUCCAGCACAGGAGGACCCAGAUGUCAUCCCUCACGGAGCGAGCGAUGAGCCCGGUUGCGGUUGCAUGACUGACCGUGCCCUGAAGAUCCUCGUGGCUCCACAAAUACAUGAACAGCAGCUUCUUCAGGUUAACUGCAAAUCCUUUGCUCCCUGCCAGCUCUGCCUUGCGCUGGCCCUGCUGACACCCGUCCGGGCGCUGCCGCCGCCCCCCCGCCACCGCCUCGCCGAGGGGCUGAGCCGCUCCCGGGAGAUGCUGGAGGCCGCCAAGGCCUCCCUCCACCGGCUGAAGGAGCUCAACACCCUGGGAUUUGAAUGUAUCCUUGAAGAGAUUGAUCUUGAAGAUAUCACGAAGAAUCACAUCAACACGAUAAAAGCUUGUAUAUCUGAAGAUACAGGGACUGGAAACUGUACAGCACUGGAAAGAUCUACUUUUGAUACGAGUAAAUGCCUGCAGGGCAUCUACGAGGAUCUGAACGCCUACAGGGCAGAGCUGAAGAACUUCAAUGAUCAAAAGGUGCUGGCAGCUAUUGACGAAAUGAUGAAAGCCCUGAAGACGGGCAGUGGGAGCGCGCCGCAGCCCCCCGCCGGCGCGGGUCUGACUUCCUUCAAAGCGCGGAUGAGGCUCUGCGGCAUCCUUCACGCCUUCCGGAUCCGUACGGUCACCAUCAACAGGGUGAUGAGCUACCUGACCUCUCCAGAGAGCUCACUGUGA